AUGGCUCAAAGAAUAACAGAUAUAUUGGAGGGGAGUGAUGAUGAGUUAGAGGAGAUAAUGAAACCCGAUGAACCGACGAUAAAAAAAAGAAAGAUAGAUGAAGAAAAGUGCGGUACCCGACUUGAUUUUCAGUCCCGACUUGAUUUUCAAUUGUCUAAGACGGAUGAAGAAAAGUGCGAGGGUGGAUGUAUACGGGGCGAGUGUGUGUUGAAGAACUUUACUGAGGAGGAGAAAGAACAGUACUUUCAAGGAUUUGAGAAGGAUUUAAGUGAUGAUGAAGAAGAUCAGGAGAAAAUUACAGAAUUUUUUGAUGAUGAUAGAAAAUUACAUACCCCCCCCCCCCACCUAUGGGGUUGUGAACAAACUAAAACUAGAUACAGUAUUAAAAAGAUUUAUUUUUAUAAUCGUUUUCCAUUUUAA